AUGCCAAACUCUUCGGUGGAAGCCUUCCGUGACGCCUUUCGCACCAGCCAGCACAUUAUUGUCAUUGCAGGGGCUGGUCUUUCAGCAGCUUCAGGCAUACCUACUUUUCGUGAUGGUGGCGGCAUGUGGCGCUCCUUGGACGCCACAGCUCUAGCCACUCCCGAGGCAUUCAGCGAGAACCCGUCUUUAGUUUGGCAAUUUUAUCACUACCGUAGGACCAAAGCAUUGGAAGCAAAGCCCAAUCCUGCGCAUGAAGUUAUCGCGAAGAUGUCCGUUCCUUUGUAUAUCAGGAAAGUCGCUCCGGAAGUCAAGUCCUUCCACCUCGUCACGCAAAACGUCGACCGGCUAUCGGUCACUGCCUUAGAUUCGCUUGUCGAACGCCUGACGGCGGACUCCGGUACUGCUCCUGCACGAAAACGUAGCAUCUUCCCAAACUCCAUCCUCGAGAUGCACGGCAGGAUCUUUGACGUGAAAUGCACCGUCUGCGACUACUGCGCCGAAGACCGCACGGACCCUCUUUGCCCUGCCCUUGGCGCGGCUGAUGCAUCUUUCAAAGACUAUCACGAUGCUGGUUCGAAAGAGGUGAACAUCCCGUUAGAUGAGCUUCCACGCUGCCCGGCGUGCGGUGCCCUGGCACGCCCCGGCGUCGUCUGGUUCGGAGAGAAGCCGUACCACUUGGAUGAAAUCAACAGCAUUAUCUACAAGGCUGAUAUGUGCCUCGUGAUCGGCACAUCUUCGACGGUCCGACCGGCAUCGACGUACGCCUACCGCGUGCAGCGCCACGGAGGCAAGGUCGCAGUGUUCAACAAGGAUCCCAGUGAGAAGGAUGAACGGGCGGACUUUGUGUUCGCCGGCGGUUGUGAAACAGUUCUCCCUUCAUUGUUCCCUGAGCUGGUUGAAUGACCACACCCAUCACUUGUGAAGGGGAAGCUGGGCGCCUGGCGUCUUUCUCGAUAGGCUACCUCUAUAUACCUCUUUUCGACACGGAGGAACUUUUGAAAUUGUCAUAGAUCCAGCUUUCAAAACCUUGUCUAUCCAUACGGAGAUGCGAAUGGUC